GGCCUCCCCGGCCCCCUCGCAGACACCCGCCCCGGACCCGGACCCGGAUCCUGACCCUGACGGGGCUCGCGGUGAUGAAGAGCAGUAUGUAGGGGAGGGCGAGUCCAGUCAGCCUGACGCGUGCCAGGGGCUGUCGGACUACAAGGACGCAGAGACCAUCACAGAUGUGUGCAACAGUACCGAUCUACCGGAGUUCGAGAUCAUCAGCCUCCUGGAGGAGCAGCUGCCGGUUUACCGCCUGCGGGCCGACACCGUCUACGGGUACGACCACGAUGACUGGCUGCACACGCCCCUGCUGGCGCCCGACGCCCCGCUGGACCUGACCACUGAGCAGAUAGAAGAGACGCUCAAAUACUUCUUGCUCUGCGCAGACAGAGUGGGCCAGAUGACCAAGACCUUCAGUGACAUUGACGCCAUCACACGUCUUCUGGAGGAGAAAGAGAGAGAUCUGGAGUUGGCUGCCAGGAUCGGUCAGUCUCUCCUGAAGAAGAAUCGAGUUCUGACCGAGCACAAUGACUAUCUGGAGGAGCAAGUGGGACAAAUCACUGAAGAGGUGGCGCAGCUGCACCAUGAGUUGAACCUGAAGGACGAGCUGUUGCAGUUUUACACCAACGCGGCCGAGGAGAGCGAGGAGGAGUCCGCUGGAUCCCCGACGGGGAAAAAGAGUCGAGUGGAAGCUGCCGCGGGAGGUUUCCUGAGCGACACCCUGCAGAGGAAGCUGAAGGAGCUGGAAGACGAGAACGUGUCGCUCCGCUCAGAGGCGAGCCACCUCAAGUCUGAGACGGAGACGUACGAGGAGAAGGAGCAACAGCUCGUCAGUGACUGUGUGAAGGAACUCAGGUUGUCCAGUCUGCAGAUUUCGACCAUAGCGGAGGAACUCGCUCGCAAGACCGACGAUGCCUCCAGACAGCAAGAGGAGAUUACGCACCUCCUCUCCCAAAUUGUCGACUUGCAAAAGAAAGCCAAGUCUUUUGCCGUGGAGAACGAGGAGCUCUCUCAGCAUCUGAUCGCGGCCAAAGAUGCACAAAGACAGCUCACUGCAGAGCUGCGAGAGCUGGAAGAGAAGUACUCGGAGUGCAUCGAAAUGCUGCACGAGGCCCAGGAGGAGCUAAAGAACCUGAGGAACAGAAACUAUGCCGUGGGAACACCCAGACGCUUCCAUCCACUCGGCUUGUUCCCGAUGGAUUCCCUGGCUGCAGAGAUUGAGGGAACAAUGCGGAAGGAGCUAAGUCUGGACGAGCCCGAGUGCGAGCAACAAAAGGUCCAUCGCAAGCGUGUUUUCGAGACAGUCAAGAACGUGAACCAGACGGUGCGUCAGCGCUCUCUGACCCCGACCGGCGCCCACAUCCCGGGCUCCAACCAGUCCUUGUCCUCCCGCACGUCGCCCAUGUCCAGCGGGCUCACCAGCCCUCACUCGAGUCUGUGCGGAGGCGACCUGGGCGGGGACGGCGUCACGCUCGACAACCGCGCCCAGAGCAUCCUCAUGGAGACGGCGUCCAAUCAGGAGAGGAGCGCCGAGUGCCGAGAGAAGGCGAGCGGAGCUGAAGAUUUGCGUCUGGCCCUCCGCCGCUUGUCCCUGCGCCGGCAGAAUAACCUGAGCGAGCGGCGCUUCUUUGAGGAGCAGCGGGAGCGGCGACGAGGAGGCGGCCUCCCCGACGCCGCGUGCCAGGGGAGCGUCUUGACCCCCUCGGAAAGCAUCAUGUCGCUAGGCAACCUCCACCUGUGGGCCUCUAGGGGGCCCUACCUGCCCGACAAACUGCAGAUUGUCAAGCCGCUGGAAGGCUCGGCCACCUUGCAUCACUGGCAGCAAUUAGCCCAGCCGCACCUCGGGGUGAUUCUGGACGCCAGGCCGGGGGUCGUUUCCAAAGGAUACCGACCCCUUGAACUAGAGCUUGAACAGGUGUAUUCGUGGGGCAGCUUCGAGGAGGACGAAACAGGAGAGCAGUACUUCCAGAAUCUUUCCACCUCCUCAUCUUCGCCCUGCCCAGCUGUGCCCUGCGCCUCCUCCGGCCUGGCGCAGCCCUCGCCACGCUUGGCUCCACCUUCUCCGUCCUCACCGUCCCCAUCGCCGCAUCUCAGCAAUACUGAUGCACUGGCUGCAUAUUAUCCAGGUAAAUGCAUGGCCCAUACAAGCUCCACCUACACCUUCACCACCUGCCGCAUCCUGCAUCCGACCGACGAGCAGACGCGGGUCACGCCCAGUCUGAACGCCAUCCCCUCGUCGUCGUCCUGCGUGAUGACCAGCUCGCUGAUGGGCACGCCCGCUGCAACACCGUGCACGCCGCGCAGGCUCAGUCUGAGGCCCUCCGAGUCGUCAACAAAUCUCAGAGAUGCCACACGCACCACCAGCACCUGCCUGGGCCUAGUGCGCCUCCUUCAGGAGAGAGGGAUCUCUGCAGCCAUGUACCACCAGAGUCAGGGGCUGGAUGCCAGUCAGGCCAACGAGGGGCUUUUAUUCAGCACCUCCAUUACUCCCAACAGACCCCCCGACCCCGACCCGUUGCGGCCCUCCACCCCUCCGAACUCCCCCACGGGACAGGGGGCUUCGGCCAUAGCAGCCUCCACGGGCUUUGACUUCAAGAGCCCCUCGUACGACAACUUCCUGGCCUCCAAGCCGGCACGUUCCAUUCUGAAGGAAGUGACGGGGGGCGUGAGGGGCCGCCAGAGGGGGCGCGACUGCGAGAGCCAGACUGACGUGAGCGUGACCGUGCACAACCUCAACCUGCUGGACAAGGUGAAGCGGCUCGGGGUUGCCGGCGCCAGAGCGGCGAGCCCCGGCCCCAUCCUGGGGGGGCCUCUGGGUGGGCUGCGCAGAUCGGGCUCCCCCUUCGGGCCGGACGGGAUACGACGGAACAGGAGUUAUCCAGCCAGCAUGGCCAUGAAAGCUCCAGGUCCUCCGGAGUAGUCUUGUACGAGGAGCCAAUCAGGAUCGAGGACUGGCUGCUGGCCAGUCACAUGGUCGCCGGUGGCCAUCAAAGUCAAAGCCAUUUUAUAGCCGCUUCUAUGAAAUGACUGAUAAUAAGAAAACUAAUAUAGCAAGGGAGUAAAUAAGCAUGACGGAAGUGUUUCUCUGGUGUUCGCGGUGGAUCGAGACCAAGCCCUGCCGCACAUUGCUAAAAUUCGUCAGUAACUGACAACCCCUGAAAAAAGUUUAGAAUUGCUGCUAGAGGCCACAAGACUCACUGUUAAUGAAACUCCUCGACUCACUUCGACAUAGUUCCUUGGCAAUAAGAUGCCACAAGGAGGCGCCAAAGCAGUACUUUUAAUAUUUGACAUGGCUUUGGCCUUCAUCCAAUAGGUGACAUUGUCAGCAAAAAUUGGAGGAUAGGUUCCCCCAAAAAUCUGCAAAAAUAUGAAUUUGCAAAUGACGAAUAUGCGGGAAACACUGUAUCAGCAAACUAAUAUGGCAAGAGUUCAUCAACCGUAAAUGCUGUAUAUCGGCCACAACAUUAGGAAUACCUGCACAACAACUCGAUCAAAAAUUCUGCAGCAAUAUAUGCUUGGGCUAAAAUAGAAUAAAGUAAUAUAUACAAUGAAAGCUAUUGUUCAAUGAAUACCUUUAAAAAGGCAUUAUUAUGUUGUUAUUGUAAAGUGAUUGUGCAGGUGUACCUAAUGAUGUGGCCCCUGAAGUACCUCACCCACACUAAUGGUUUGUUCGAUGUUGACCAGUUCUUGUUGUUGUUUUUUAUGUUUGCUGCCUCCGUUUCAGUACAAUAAGAGUGAAUGGAAUUACUUUUGACUUAAAUAGUAAUAUAUUGAUUGAUUUUUUUUUUUUUUACUUAAUGGUUAAUGGUUCCAUGUUGACAGUUUUUUUACUAUACCCCUCUAACGAAAAUAAGAAUAAGUGGAAUUACUUAAAUGGUAAUAUUCGCUCUUUAUCCCUUAUAUUAAAGGCAUAUACACUGGAAACACCGGUGCAGCGCUAUACAUUUGAACAUGAUGGAUAUUUAUUUACGUAGUUCAAUUCAAAAACUGAAACACGUGUAAACGUAUAGUGAAAUAUUUCAGAAUUUUUUUUUUUUUUUUACAAACUUGAAAAAUGUUUAGAAUUUACAGCUAACAAAAACCUAAAAUUUCAAAUCUCAAGAAAUUAGACUACAAGCAUGCGUUUAAUGGAUCUAUAUGAGUUUCACCUUUCUAAUUGGGCAACUGUAAUAAAUGAACUUUUCCAUUAUAUUUUAAUUCAUUUGCGAUGCACCAGUAUUUACAUUAUUUGUUUUUGCUAAUUUGGUUGACCUGGCCCUUUUCAAGCAAGGCUAAUGUGUCAUUAAAAGUGAUUUUCUAAUCUAACGUAUAUAUCCAGUAUAUAAUCUCUCAGUGCUUCAUAUGGUGUGGCAUUCCCACGAGGUCAUUGAUAUUUGAGUACAAAUGGUCAGACUCACUGGCCCCUCUCUGACAAUUGAUUUUUGGGGGGGGGGGGGGGGGGUUGGGGGGUUGUAUGCUUCCCUAAUUGGCCGUCACAGCGGGAAGUUGAUGACGCUUCCGUCCGUGCUGGUGGAUGGAUGCCGAGGCCUGCAAAGUGGAACUUGCGGGUGCCAGGAAGGAAGCCCAAGUCUUCCAUUUGACAUCUGAUGAUUGAUGUUUCUCGCGUGAUGGAUGGAUUGGCGGUCGCGCUGGUCGCCCUUUCUAUAUUAUCACUGAAAUGUCGCUCAUAACACCUUUGUAUUGUGGAUAACCUCACACGGUUAGGCAUUAGGGGGUAUUAUGCAAUCAGAGGUUUUGCAAUAAAAAGUCUAACUCA